AAAUAUAAAAAUAAUGUACAAAAAUGCAGAGGAUUUAAUACAAAAUAAAACAAUAUCCAAUGGAAAAGUUUCUGAAGGAAAAUACAAAAAAGAUGAAUUAAUUGAUGCAGUAUUUCAACAAGUAAAUCUUCCAGAAGUUCAUUUUAUUCAGUCAUCUCCCCCCGUCUCCUCUCCAAAAAUAACCUGUGUACCUCCAAACAGUGUUCGUUCAGAAAUUGGAGAAAUAAAUAUUUUUGAAGAAGAAAAUGUUGAUUUAAUUACACCUAGAAAAUCACCUAAUACACCAGAAAGACAAUCAGCCCUUUCACAAUGUGAGGAGGAUUAUAAUGAUGAUGAUGAAUAUAUUGAUAAAGAAGGAGAUGAAAAUGAGAAUAAACAGAAAAAAUUAAAUGAAGAAAUUAAAAUUGAUUCAACAAAAACAAUGUUGGCAGCUGAAGAAAAAAUUAAAAAUGAUGAGAUAGAAAUUCAGCAAGUAGAAAUAACAUUAACAGAAUCUUCUAGUCCAGAAAUUGUUAAAAAAGAAGAAAAAAAAGCAAAGGAAGACGAAGAAGAACCUUCAAUAAAUUUAUUUUCACAUAAAAAUAGUUUAGAAUAUGGAAAUAUUAAACGUUCAACGAAUAUACAGGGAGGGAAUGAUGAGGAAAUUGAAGAAAUUGAACCUUUAACACCUACGACUGGAGAAGGUUGCUUAGAUUCAGUUCGUUCAAUAAUUGCCACAAAUGGAGAAACUCCAACAAAAAUAUUAGAAAAUAGUGAAGAUGAUUGGAGUGAACAAAAUAAUAAUUUAAUUGAUGAUAAUGAAUGUAGAAGAGUAAGUAGUACAAUUUCGAGGGAAUUAGUUAAUUCUGUUAUUGAAUUGGCUAUUCAGAACACAGAAGAAUUUGACGAUGAAGAUAAUAAAAGUAAUAAUAAUGAAAUAGAAAAUACAAAAAUUAAAGAAAAAAAGAAAGAUGAUUUCCAAUUAGAAUUAAACAAAAAAGUUCUACAAAAACAACAAAAUUAUGAAGAAAUUGGAAUUAAUAAUUAUUUAAAUAAUUCCUCUAAUAAUAAUUCAAUUUCUGGGCAAUCAUCACCAAACUCAAAUUUUCGAGAUAUCCACGUCAGAACUUCUUUAAACGACCCUUCUUCACCAUUUAAACAAUUAGCCUAUACAGCAUUUGAACCCGAAAAACAAGAAAUUAUUCGAAAAGAAAUUGGAAGUUUUGGGCCUGAAGGAAUUAAAAAAAUAGUUGAUAAAUUCCAAAAUGUCGCUAAAUUAAAUAAAAAGGAAGAGGAAGAAAUUAUUGCCGAAAUUAAAAAUAAAAAGCUUAAAAAUAAAGUUUUUGCUAGACAAAAAUCAGCACAUUUUUAUAUUGAAAAAGAACAAGUCCCAAAACAGCAAGAGGAUCAACCAAAAAGAAAAAGUACUCCACAUCCAGUUCAAAGACAAAGUUCUUUACAACAACAACAACCUGAAGACGAAAAUACAAAAAAUAAUUUUGCUCUUUCUCGCAGCGAAAUUGUUAUAGAAUCUCAAAGACCGGUUGCCGAUAUUCUUAACCAAUUUCAGAGCUGUCAUUACAGCCAUGCUGCAAAUAUUAAAAAAGCUUUAAAUGAAGAAAAUGAUGAUUUUUAUAUUAGAAAAGUUCGUCCAAAAUCUUUUGGAAGCAGCGACAUGCAAAGAAAUUUUGGAAAAAAUACUUCUGUUUGGGCAAAUAACAACAAAAAUAAUUCUCAACAAACACCCCCAAUAACUUGCUUUACAAAAGAACCAACCCCAGGUUCAUUAGCCGCAAUUCGUUUAUCAUUAAGUUCAUCAAUCCCCUCAACUCCAAGUGUUAGCCCAAUAUUAUUAGACAACAACAAUUCCCCUCCAAAUGAAACAGAAAAAGUUGGAAAUAAACAAAAAGAAAAUAAUAAUUUAUUACAUGGAAAGGAUGGAAUAUUACCUAAAAAUGUUGGACAUUUUUAUCGAAUUUGGGGAUCUGCACAGGCACAAAGUGCAACAAAAACAACAGAAAAACAGUCAAAAAUAAUUGAAAAUGUUAACAAUUUGGCAACAAAUGAAGAAUAA